GGCCGUUGAAAUGCCAAGUCUCGCGAGAUGAUGCCGGAGCGGACGGCGGCGACGAGAUUUGGUGGGACGAGUUGGUAUUUGUGUUGAAGGAGGAAGGAAAAGAGAGUGUUAUAAAAAAAAAUAUAUAUAUCCGGGGCUGGGGGGAAUUAAUGUUUAGGUGCGGGUGGGGGGAGCAGCCGAGAAACUGAGGGGAAACUGAGCAGGGGAUGAACAUGGCAUCGGGCGACACGCUCUACAUUGCCUCUGAUGGCUCCGAGAUGCCCGCGGAGAUCGUGGAGUUGCACGAGAUUGAGGUGGAAUGUAUCCCUGUGGAAACUAUUGAGACCACCGUGGUCGGGGACGACGAGGACGAUGACGACGAAUCAGGGCACCACCAGCAGCCUAUGAUCGCUCUGCAGCCCUUGGACUCCGACGACGGGGUCCAUUCCCACCACCAAGAGGUGAUCCUGGUUCAGACCCGGGAAGAGGUGGUCGGGGGGGAUGACUCGGAUCUCAGGGCCGACGAUGGCUACGAGGACCAGAUCCUUAUCCCGGUACCUGCACCGGCUGGAGAGGACGAGUACAUCGAGCAGACUCUGGUGACAGUGGCCGGCAAGAGCUCUGGGGGGCGCAUGAAGAAAGGGGGAGGCGGGAGCGGCAAGAAGAGCAGCAAGAAAAGCUACUUGAGUGGGGCCGAGGCGAGCGGGAGGAAAUGGGAGCAGAAACAAGUGCAGAUCAAGACCCUGGAGGGGGAGUUCUCGGUCACUAUGUGGGCUUCAGAUGAUAAGAAAGACAUUGACCAUGAGACAGUAGUUGAAGAACAGAUUAUUGGAGAGAAUUCGCCACCUGAUUAUUCUGAAUACAUGACUGGAAAGAAGUUGCCACCAGGAGGAAUACCAGGCAUUGAUUUAUCAGAUCCGAAGCAGCUGGCAGAGUUUGCAAGAAUGAAGCCUAGAAAAAUCAAAGAAGAUGACGCUCCAAGAACUAUUGCCUGUCCUCACAAGGGGUGUACAAAGAUGUUCAGGGAUAACUCUGCAAUGAGAAAACAUUUACACACACAUGGUCCACGAGUACACGUCUGUGCAGAAUGCGGCAAAGCCUUUGUUGAAAGUUCCAAACUUAAGAGACAUCAGUUGGUCCACACUGGCGAGAAGCCCUUUCAGUGCACGUUCGAAGGCUGCGGCAAGCGAUUCUCAUUGGACUUCAAUUUGCGUACUCAUGUGCGGAUUCACACCGGUGAUAGGCCCUAUGUGUGCCCUUUCGAUGGCUGUAAUAAAAAAUUUGCUCAGUCGACCAAUCUGAAAUCCCACAUUUUAACACACGCUAAAGCCAAAAAUAACCAGUGAAACUCUACAGAUGGAAAGACAUUUGACCCUCUGCAGCAUCCGUAACUGGUGUAUGCUAAACAAUACGCCUCCUUUGUAUAUGGUUUCCGGGAAUACAUGAAUUUUAAACGAAUCCUGCUCAGCCGAGAGACAGUUUUGAUAAUGUACUGUAGAAAACUUAUUAAAAGGAAGCCUCUUUCUGAUUCAAUGCUUACGAUGAUCUGUUGCCCUGAUAUCCUGUUUUCAUGAGUGUUUUUGUAAAGUGCCCCCCCUGCCUCUUCACUCCCCCCUUUCCAAGCAGGAGAACAAUGUCGCCAAGAUGCAUUGAAUUUCUACCGACAUAUUCAAUUUGGACUUUCCACACUUAGAAAUGGACACUCACCAGUUGUUCAAAUUUUUUAUUUUUUUUUUUAUUUGUAAUUUCAAGUGUGCAUAUUGUACACUUUUUGGGUAUAUACUUCUGCUACGUGAUUUCUUCUGGAGGUUGAUAACUUUGCUUGCAGUAGAUUUUCUUUAAAAGAAUGGACAGUUACUGUACUACAUGCAUACUUCAAAAGUAUUUUCCUGUAAAAAAAGAGAAAAAAAAACCAAGAAAAAAAACUUUAUAGGUUCUGUUUGCUCUCUUUAUUUUGGUUGUAUUUUUAGAUGUUGACACAUUUUGUAUAAUUGUAUCGUAUAUAGCUGUAUUGGAAUCCUGUAGCACCAACUAUUAGAUGUGAUUUAAGAUAGUGUUCAUUAAAUCCAUUUUAGUCACUUAUGUUGGGGAAGGAGGACUUGCCAGACACUGAUGUAUAUUGUAUUUUUUAUUUGCCUGUUCGGUUACAGAACUUGGUGCUCGGUGUAGAAUGUAUUUGUACAGACACUGACCUUUUUAUUCUCUGCAUUACGUUUAAUGGGGCAAUAAAAGCAGGGUCUAAAGUAAGAGGAUCAAUAAUCUGAACUGAACGCAGAUGAACCACCUCUUUCCCUAAGCCAAUCAAUUGAUUUAUUUAAUAUCAUUAUGAUUGUAUCAAAGUACUGUUUCUGCCCACUUCCGAGGGGGUUUCAUUCUGCCUUGAUGGUAGCAGUGCUUAUGCAGUUAGGCCCUAUAUUUUUAAAUCAGUUGUCAAAAUCUAUUUUGUACUAAGCAAACAUAAUAUAUAAAGCAAAUAUU